UCUUGACUCCAGUUGUUUAUGCUUUCUUUAGCUCCGUCCUCUCUCUCCUCAUACACUCGAUCCAACGCGUGAGCAGUGAGAGCGCACCAUACCGCCCACCUUCUCAUUCGCGGCUCAGUUUCAGAGAGGGCAGUCACACCACCACACUUGCAGAAGACCAAAUACCAUUAUAACACUAGGCUACGACGCGCGAAGGAACUCUCCUGCAUAUUGAGUUCAAAUGGCAGUUGUUACACAAAAAUGAUUGAUACAAGAAGAAACACUCUCUAAUCGACCAAAUCGAAUAACAGAGAAUUGGAACUGAGAGGGCGCUUGGGCGUCUGGAGUCCUCCAGGUCCACUAUAAUGGUUACGCACGGGAACCCAAACGUGAGGCGACGCUCGGAAUGAACUACGACAACUUGCGAGGACAAGUGGCCAACGUCAAACCUCAUUAUCAGCCCAGCGCACAAUCCUUGCGGCUCAUCAUUCUGCUGAUCCUCGUCAUGGGGGUGACCCCGUCCCCGGCUCUGACAGCGGGAUGUCCGGAACGCUGCGUGUGCGAUGACCAGCUGGUGGUCCAGUGCGCCGGGCAGCACCUCACCGCUUUCCCCACUGACCUGCCGCUGGCCACGCGGCAGCUCAUCAUCUCCAACAACCGCAUCGUGGAGCUGCCGCCACUGCAGCUCAACUACCUGUCGGACUUGGUGUACUUGGACUGUAGCAACAAUUCCCUGACAGAGAUUUUUAUGUCCACAUUCGGGAACCUGGGGAAGCUUGCUUACCUGGACUUGUCCUUCAACACCUUGACGCGGAUAGAGGCCAGGACGUUCGGGCCGCUGUCCAGCCUCGUGAUGCUGAGAAUGACAGACAACCCCGGCCUGUCGUACAUUCACCCGGACGCUUUCGCGAGGAACUCGGCGCUGCAGGUGCUGGACGUGAGCCGGAACAACCUGACCGUGUUCAACAUCAGUUCCCUCAUCGCGCUGCCCACCCUGCGCUCUGUCGGCCUCAGCGGGAAUUCCUGGAGCUGCGACUGCGACAACGAGGACCUCUGUCUCUGGGUCCACAUCGAAGCAUUCAAGUUUCAAGACGAGGGCCAGACGGUGUGCCAUGGUCCUCCUGACCUGCAGGGGCAGCGUCUGGGUGAGCUGGGGCUGCAGCUGCGGUCGCGGUGCCACCAGGGCCUGGGUUCCUGGGACUACCUGUUCUUCCUCGCCAUCGGCUUCGUCAUCUUCGCGGCGGGAACGGUGUCGGCGUGGGCCAUCGGCGUGGUCAUAGUGUUGUACGAACGCUAUGUCAAGAAGAAGAGCGAGCAGAUGGACCCCGACGACGAGGUAGAGCAGGACGCAGGACCUGGCACGGGUGGCGGGGGUGAUCACCAUGCCAACCCACGUGGUAAUGGGGAUAUGAAAAACACUGGUCACAUGGUGGUAUGACUCCACCCUGUCCCACACCCGACUGUGCCUCGGAACCCACAGAACUACAAAACCUGUGAUGUCAUAGAAUGGCAGAGGUUAAGAAGAAACUACAAAGCAGAGCACACUGGGAUUUAUAUUGACUCCCUUAUAAAAUACAGAAGAGAGACAACACAGAGAUGUGCCUGACUGUCAUGGUGAUUGAGAGUUGAAUGGUCAUAGUUCCUUAAAGGCCCAGUGCAGACAAAAUUCAGUUUGUCCUGUGUUUUGUAUCAUAUUGUACAACAGCUGAUGAAACUAACACUGUAAAAGUGUGACAAAAUGUGAUCAGUGUUAUUUACUGACAGUUGCUAGUUAAAAGUACAAUUUACACAGGACCUUCUAAAUCAGCAGGUUUUGCAUGGGUGGAGUUUUGGCUUGCUUGGUGACAUCAC